CCUGGCAGUCGGGGUCUGCUGGUUCUUGGCUCAGGAGCAACCCCAGUGACUCGGUUUCCAGCUGACAGGUCUCUGGGGCCAGCUUCCUGCAGAGCUGGUGAAGGCGGACACUGGCUAGCUGAUGAGGUAGCCACACCUAAGGAACCAGCGGCCAGGAUAUCAGAGAUCCCUCAAGAAACCAAAGCCCAGGAAAAAGAGGGGGCGCCCAGGAGCCUUGUUCUCCAGGGGUUCCUGAAGGUGCUGCUGUAGUUCUGUCACUUGGUGUCAAGUACACAAUUGGGAAUGUCGGUGUUGCCAGAACCGAAGGGUCUUGUCCCUUUCACUAGAGAGUCUCUUGAUCUGAUAAAACAACAUCUGGCUAAGAAGCAGCAUGAUGACCAUGAGGAGGAAGAAUUAGAACCGAAUCCUGACUUGGAAGCUGGCAAAAAGCUUCCAUUCACUUAUGGAAAUCUUUCCAAUGGAAUGAUGUCAGUGCCUCUAGAAGAUGUGGACCCUUAUUACUACAUGAAAAAGAAUACUUUCAUUGUAUUAAAUAAAAAGAGAACAAUCUUCAGAUUCAAUGCAUCUUCCAUCUUGUGCACACUAUCUCCUUUCAAUGCUAUUCGAGGAACCAGUGUUAAGGUCUUGGUUCAUCCCUUUUUCCAGCUGUUACUUUUGAUCAGUGUUCUCACUGAUGGCAUGCUUAUGACCAUGAAUAGCCCACCAAAAUGGGUUCUAACAAUAGAGAAUUCUUUGCUUGGAAUUUACACAUUUGAAAUAUUUAUAAAAAUCAUUGCCAGAGGUGUGUGGGCAGGACCUUUCUCUUUCCUUGGAGAUCUAUGGAACUGGCUGGAUUUCAGUGUAACCUCAUUUGAACUAAUGACCAGGUAUUCACUUCUAAAAACUCCAUUGUUUAAAACUAUAAGAAGUUUGAGAGUUUUGAAAAUCAUUCCUUUAAACCAAGGUUUAAACUGUCUCGUAGGAACCUUGAUUUGUGGCUUGAAGAAACUUAUUGGUGCCAUUACUCUAACUCUGCUUUUUCUGAGUGUAUUUUCUCUUUUGGGGAUGGGACUCUUCAUGGGCAACUUGAAGCACAAAUGUGUGCAUUGGCCCCAAGAAAAUGAAACGCAGCACAACAGAACAGGAAAUCCAUAUUAUAUUCGAGAAACUGAGCACUUUUACUAUAUGGAAGGAGACAGAUAUGCUCUCCUUUGUGGCAACAGAACAGAUGCUGGUCAGUGUCCUGAAGGAUAUGUGUGUGUGAAAGAGGGCAUAAAUCCUGAUCAAGGCUACACAAAUUUUGACAAUUUUGGAUGGGCUUUCUUUGCAUUGUUUCGAUUAAUGACCCAGGAUUACCCUGAAGAACUUUAUCACCAGAUCCUUUAUGCAUCUGGGAAAGUCUACAUGAUAUUUUUUGUUGUGGUCAGUUUUUGGUUUGCCUUUUAUAUAGCAAGUUUAUUCCUGGGAAUACUUACCAUGAUCUAUGAAAAAGAAAAGCAGACAGCUGCUGAGAAAAUUAAAAUGACUGAACAAGCAUUUCAACAGACUGUAAAAGAACAAGAAGGAAAUGACGCAUCUGAGACCAAAACUAUACAAAUAGAAAUGAAGAAAAAAUUACCAACUUCUGAAAACACAUCAGUGGAUAUUUUAGAAGAUGCUACUCUAAGACAUUCAAAAGACCAUCAAAAAUCCAAAAAUAGAUCCCCAUUGUGUUGCCAUAAAUUUGCAAAAAGUUUCUUGAUCUGGAAUUGCUCUCCUUGUUGGUUAAAAUUAAGAGAUUUUUUCCAUAAGAUAAUCAUGGAUCCUUUCACUGAUCUUUUCCUUCUGGUAUGCAUCAUUUUAAACAUAUGUUUUUUGGCCUGUGAACAUUCUCAAAUGAGUGUGAACACUUACUAUCUUCUCAGCAUUGGAAACUUGGUUUUCCUUGGAAUUUUUACAGCAGAGAUGAUUUUUAAAAUAAUAGCAAUGCAUCCAUAUGAAUAUUUUCAAGCAGGAUGGAACAUUUUUGAUAGUAUAGUAGUAUUCCUUGGUUUCUCUGAAAUUUAUCUAGCAAACAUUGAAGGAAUAGCUCUUCUGUGCUCAUUCAGAACCUUGCGAAUUUUCAAGUUGGGAAAAUACUGGCCAACCUUUGAGAUUCUCAUGAUGAAUCUUGGUAAAUCACUAGCGUCCCUGAAAGACCUGAUGCUCUUGUUGCUGGUGUUUGUCUUCUUUUCUGCUGUGUUUGGCAUGAAGCUAUUUGGUUGGAGUUACACAAGUGAUGUCUGCCGCAUAGACAGAGACUGUCUCCUUCCGCGCUGGCACAUGGCGGACUUCUUUCACUCCUACCUGAAUGUGUUUCGCAUUCUCUGUGGGGAAUGGAUAGAGACCUUGUGGGACUGCAUGGCAGUCUCAAGACAAUCCUGGUGCAUUCUUUUUUAUAUGAUGGUCAUUUUAAUUGGUAAUUUAUUGGUACUCUACCUGUUUGUGGCAUUGGUGAGUUCAUUUAGUUCAUAUAAGGAUUUUACAACCAGAGAGAGCAAUGAAAUAAAAAACGUCCAGUUGACAAUGGAAAGGAUGACAAAGGGAAUGAGUUAUGUCUUAAGUAAACUGUUAUGCAAGAAGAAAAAUGUUCAAAUGGAAACAAACGACCAUGUGAGUGAUACAUAUAUUAAAGAGAAUAUUUCUGACCAUACUCUUUCUGAACUGAGCUACACCCAAGAUUUCCUGAAAGAUAAGGACAAAAGCAGUGGCACAGAGAAAACCCCACUGACUGAAUAUGAAAGUCAAUCACUCAGGCCCAGCCUUAGUGCCUCAGAAACUGUACCAAUUGCUUCAGGAGAAUCUGAUAUAGAAAAUCUAGAUAACAAGGACAUCCGGAGUAUGUCAGGCAACAAAGACAGCAAAGAGAAAAUAAAGCCAUCUAGCUCCUCAGAAUGCAGUACAGUCGAUAUUGCUAUCUCAGAAGAAGAAAUGGUCUAUGUACAUGACAAGUUAAGGCAUCUUAAAAGUGGUUAUAGACAGGGAUCUUCAAUUGGUCAGAUCAGUAAACAAUCCAGGAGAAGAAAGAUUUGGCAGAACAUAAGGAAGACCUGCUGCAAGAUUGUAGAAAACAUUUGGUUUAAGGGUUUCAUUGGCCUUGUCACUCUCCUCAGCACUGGUGCUCUGGCUUUUGAGGAUAUAUAUAUUGAUCAGCGGAAGACUAUUAAAAUCUUAUUAGAAUAUUCUGACAUGAUCUUCACCUACAUCUUCAUUCUGGAAAUGCUUCUAAAAUGGAUAGCAUAUGGUUUUAAGGUGUAUUUCUCCAACGGCUGGUACAAGCUGGAUUUCAUGGUUGUUAUUGUGUUUUGCCUCAGCUUAAUAGGCAAAACUCGGGAAGACCUAAAACCACUCACUUCCAUUAAAUUCCUUCGGGGCCUCAGAGUUCUGUCUCAAUUUGAAAGAAUGAAGGUAGUUGUGAGAGCAUUGAUAAAAACAACGUUACCAACCUUGAAUGUAUUUCUGGUCUGCCUUAUGAUCUGGCUGGUUUUCAGUGUGAUGGGAGUGAACUUGUUUGCUGGCACUUUCUAUGCCUGCUUUGACCCAACAAGUGGAGAAAAAUUCCCUGUAUUUGAGGUUAUGAACAGGAGUCAAUGUGAAAGCCUUGAUUUUAAUGAAUCCGUGCCAUGGGAAAAUGCAAAACUGAACUUUGAUAAUGUCGGAAAUGGUUUUCUUUCUCUGCUUCAAGUAGCAACAUUUAAUGGAUGGAUUGAUAUCAUGAAUUCAGCUGUUGACUCUAGAACUGUAAAUAUGCAGCCUUCGUUUGAAAGCAACCUCUAUAUGUACUUAUACUUUCUCCACUUUAUUAUCCUUGGAUUAUUUCUUCCCCUAUGUAUGCUGAUUGGUGCUAUAAUUGCUAAUUUCAACAAGCACAGAAUAAAGCAGGGAGGCACAAAUAUCUUCAUAACAGCCAAACAGAAGAAACAGUACCGAGCACUGAAGAGGCUGAUGUACGAGGACUCUGAAAAAUCAGUACCUCGCCCAAGAAACAAGUUCCAAGGCUGCAUUUUUGAUUUUGUAACAACUCGAAUUUUUAAAGUCAUCAGUAUGGCUCUGAUCUGUCUCCAAGCACUAACCCUCACGAUACAAAGUGAUGGGCAGAAUCUACAGAUGGACGUGUUUUUCACCUGGGCUGAACUAGUUUUUGUGAUCCUGUAUAGUGUGGAGUGCAUACUGAAGCUCAUCUCCUUCCAUUGUUACUAUUUCACCAUUGUGUGGAACAUUUUCGAUUUUAUGGUGGUUGUUUUCUCUAUUACAGGUUUGCUGGUGCCUGUGACAAUAGGAUACUACCUUGUUCCUCCUUCCCUGGUACAACUGAUCCUUCUCUCUCGCAUCGUCCACAUCCUACGUCUUGGGAAAGGACCAAAGGUGUUCCAUGAUCUGAUGCUCCCUUUCAUGCUGUCUCUCCCAGCAUUGUUGAACAUGGGCCUUCUCAUCUUCCUGUUCAUGUUCAUCUAUGCCAUCUUUGGCAUGUACAACUUUGCCUAUGUCAAAAAAGAAGCCGGAAUUAACGAUGUGUCCAACUUUGAAACCUUUGGCAGCAGUAUGCUCUGUCUUUUUCAAGUCACCAUUCUGGCAGGGUGGGAUGGGAUGCUUCACGCCAUUUUCAACAGUGAAUGGUCUGACUGUGAUCCUAAUAAAAUUAAUCCUGGGACUCAGGUUCGAGGAGAUUGUGGGAAUCCUUCUGUUGGGAUUUUCUAUUUUGUCAGUUACAUCCUCAUUGCAUGGCUCAUCAUUGUUAAUAUGUAUAUUGUUGUGGUAAUGGAGUUUGUAAAUAUUACUUCUAAGAAAAAGGCCAGGACUUUGAGUGAAGAUGACUUUAGGAAAUUCUUUCAGGUAUGGAAGAGGUUUGAUCCUGACAGGACACAGUAUAUAGAUUCUAGCAAGCUUUCAGAUUUUGCAGCUGCUCUUGAUCCUCCUCUUUUUCUGGCAAAACCAAAUAAGGGACAGCUUGUGGCUCUGGAUCUUCCCAUGGCUGUUGGAGACAGAAUUCAUUGCCUUGACAUCCUCCUUGCUCUUACAAAAAGAGUUAUGGGAAAAGAUGAGAGGAUGGACAAAGUCCUUUCAGAGAUAGAGUCUGGGUUUCUGUCAGCCAACCCAUUUAAAAUUACAUAUGAACCAAUUACAACUACUCUGAAACGAAAACAAGAGGCAGUGUCAGCCACCAUCAUUCAGCGUGCUUAUAAAAGUUACCGCUUGAGGCAAGGUGAUAAAAAAGCAUCAGAGAGUCAAACAAUUGAUGAUGAAAGAGAUGUUCAAGGUGCCAAAGAAGAUGUCCAUUUUGAAAAAGUUAAGGAAAAGUCAUGUGCCCAAAGUCAGAUAUAAUCCCACUUUCAGCUUUUGCUUUCUUCAUUUAUCCUCCAAUGUAAAUACUUCAUUAAGAAAUGAAAGCAAAAGGCAGAAAGAGAAGGAACAGUGACCUGGGGUUUACAAUGUCUCAAUGUAAAUCUGAUGUUCACAAGUGUCCAUUCCAAACUCACUUUUAUGUUUAUCAUUUAAUUUAAUCCUCAAGGAAAAAGACAAGCCCAUCAUACUGUUGCAGUUAGUAAAAAUAAGUUAAAGUUGCCUUUUGCCAAUAUACAAGUUGCUCUGAGUUAGCUGGAGCGUGACUCUUCUGAUUAAAGAUUAGCAGC